AUGGAGUACAUGUGCUUGAACGGGGUUUCCAGAAGAAGUAUACGGAUGCAAGACCAACAACUGCCAGAAGUAAGUGAAUUCAGGUACCUUGGUAGCACAGUACAAUCGGAUGGUGGAGUAGAAGCAGAGAUCAGCAGAAGAAUCCAAUCAGGAUGGAACAACUGGAAGAAGAUGGCCGGUGUGAUGUGUGACAAGAUCCACCGGACCGUGAUCCAGCCGGCAAUGCUUUACGGGCUGGAGACGGUACCCCAAACGAAGAAGGCGACAAGGAGACUGGAGGAGGUGGCUGAGAUGAAAAUGUGCAGAUGGGCAUGUGGCUUGACCAUAAGAGACAGGAUGAGAAAUGAUGAGAUGCGAGAGAGAUAA